AUUGGUGUGAGUGUUGGAAAUAUCUAUUAUUAUUUAAAUUACUCAAUAUUAUUAUGAUCUACUUUAAAGACCACGACACACAUCCGGUAAAAAAAUAAACUCAUUGGUUUUGACAAUCGACAGUGUUAUGACAUCUCUUAUCAAUUUCCUACAUAAAUAUUUUACUCGUUUUUCAAAGAUUUUCUUUCAGAACAAACUCAACAGCUCCUCAUGAAAUUCUAUGAAUUCAGCAAUUGGUCGUUCACAAGUUUUACGAUUUUACAUCAAAAUGUUCUCUGGAGGCAACAAACCUAGUUCCAGUGCAAAAGAUGAUGACGUCUCCUCAUUGUAUUCAAUUAAGAUACUGUCGGAUUUUCUGGAUAGAUCAGACAGUAGUCUCUACCAUGAAGUGUAUCCCGGCACUGAGAGAGCUGAGUAUGACUUUACUCUAGAAAGAAGAAACGUAAAUGGGACUAACUUAUUGGAAUCAACAUCCCACAUUGUCAAAGGAUGUUUAGGAGUUGGUAUUCUCAGUAUGCAUGUAGGAUACAUGCAUGGUGGUCUGUGGGCAUCCUUGGGAGUUACAGCUGUAAUUGGUUCACUCGUUCCGUAUGCCAUGUAUAUGUUAGUCUACUCAGCGCAAAAGUUAUAUGUUAGAUUAAGAGUACCCAGGCUAACGUAUUCACAUUUGGUAGAAGCAGCCAUUGCGACAGGUCCUAUGCGAUGCUGCAGGAAACACAGUAAAGUUUUCAGGUACUCAAUGGACGUGAUUUUAUUCUCUGAAGUUUGUGGAACAUGUUGUAUAUACCAAAUAAUGAUCGCUAGUACUAUGAAACAGGUAUUGGAGUCAUUGUCGCCGACGAUAUUGGGAUGGCAUCUAUCAUUAAGGAUAUAUAUUUUAAUAGUGAUGGUACCAUUCUUUUGUAUGAGCAUGAUAACGAAUCUGAAAUAUUUGGCUCCAUUCUCUUUGAUUGCUGAUCUCUUUGUAGCAAUAUGCAUCCUUACCACAAUGUACUACAGCCUAUCGGAAGCAGGCGAUAUAAGAGACAGACCGGCAUACAAAGACUUCUUUGGGCUCAUUCAGUUCACGGGCAUACUCCUAUACAGCAUAGAUGGCGCUUCUGUCACCAUGCCUAUAGAGAAUAACAUGACGAAGCCUCUGUACUUUCCUAUGGCUUUGCAAAUCGGUAUGACUAUUGUCCUUCUAUCUGUGACUUUGACAGGAUUUUUUGGAUAUUGGGGCUAUGGUGAGAAGUGCCGCAGCCCCAUUAUAACACACAUGCCAUUUGAAACAGUACCCAUCAUAUUGGGCUUUCUUUUCCUUGCAGCGCUUAUUGUGUCGUUUGCAAUUAAUUUUUGGGUGCCGUUUAGGAUUAUCUGGCAUUACAUAGGAAGGAGGCACAAAAGAAAACACGGUGUGUGGGAGAGAAUUUACAGAGGUAUUCUCGUCAUAAUUAUCACUUGUCUUUCUUUGGCUUACCCGAAUUUAAUUAGACUUAUGAUAUUGAUGGGUAACUUUUUUCUGUCGAUAACGACAUUCAUUGUACCUGCUUUGAUAGAGAGUUUGGUGACUUGGAGACCACGUGGACAGGGCUCUGUAAGAUGGCGGCUUUUGAAGAACACUCUUCUUAUAACUUUCGGGUUGGCGCUGUGUAUUUGUACCCUUAUGUAUUUUGAUAAAUAACUUUUUUGUUUUAAGUAUACUUGUAAAAUUAUGUUAUUUUAAUGAAAUAAUACCUAUUUUUUGUUACUUGAAAUAUUAUUUUUAACCUGCCAUGUUCGGAUGACGAUGAUGAUAAUGAAUGAAUAAAUAAUAAAUAUUUCCAACACUCACACCAAUUAGCCUAGCCCCAAAGUAAGCACU